AUGCAGUCCUCUCCAAACAUGCUCACCAAGUUUGAGUCAAAAUCCUCCAGAGCCAAGGGAAUCGCAUUCCACCCGAAGCGACCAUGGAUUCUCGUCUCCCUUCACUCCUCCACCAUCCAGCUGUGGGAUUACCGCAUGGGAACUCUGAUUGAUCGUUUCGAAGAACACGAUGGCCCCGUUCGAGGAAUCGAUUUCCACCCUACUCAGCCCCUGUUUGUCUCCGGUGGUGAUGAUUACAAGAUCAAGGUCUGGAACUACCAGACUCGGAGGUGUCUCUUCACAUUGAAUGGUCAUUUGGACUACGUGCGCACAGUGUUCUUCCACCCGGAGCUCCCAUGGAUCCUGUCUGCGUCCGACGACCAGACCAUUCGCAUUUGGAACUGGCAGAAUCGCUCUCUGAUCUGCACGAUGACCGGCCACAACCACUAUGUGAUGUGUGCUCAGUUCCAUCCUACCGAGGAUCUCAUCGCCUCCGCUUCCCUGGACCAGUCCGUUCGCAUCUGGGACAUCUCCGGCCUGCGGAAGAAGCACUCCGCUCCGACCUCGGUGUCGUUUGAGGAUCAGAUGGCCCGCGCCAACCCGAACCAAGCCGAUAUGUUCGGUAACACCGAUGCCAUUGUCAAGUUCGUGCUGGAGGGUCAUGACCGCGGUGUCAACUGGGUGUCGUUCCACCCAACAUUGCCAUUGAUUGUGUCCGCUGGCGACGACCGGCUGAUCAAGCUUUGGCGAAUGAGUGAUACCAAGGCUUGGGAAGUCGAUACCUGCCGCGGCCACUUCCAGAAUGCUUCCGCCUGUCUGUUCCACCCCCACCAAGACCUCAUCCUCUCCGUCGGCGAAGAUAAGACAAUCCGUGUCUGGGAUCUCAACAAGCGUACCUCUGUCCAGUCGUUCAAGCGGGAUCAGGACCGAUUCUGGGUUAUUGCUGCCCACCCGGAGAUGAACCUGUUCGCCGCCGGUCACGAUACUGGUGUGAUGGUGUUCAAGCUCGAGCGCGAGCGCCCUGCCUCUGCCAUUUACCAGAACCAGCUCUUCUAUAUCACCAAGGAGAAGCACGUCAAGUCAUACGACUUUGGCAAGAACGUCGAGUCCCCUCCUAUGCUGUCGCUGCGCAAGCUCGGCUCUCCCUGGGUUCCUCCUCGUACUCUUUCCUACAACCCUGCUGAGCGCGCCAUCCUGGUCACCUCCCCUACCGACAGCGGAACCUACGAGUUGAUUCACCUUCCUCGCGACGCCACGGGUGCCGUCGAGCCCACCGAUGUUAAGCGCGGCCAAGCCACCUCCGCGGUCUUCGUGGCCCGUAACCGUUUCGCGGUUUUCAAUCCCUCCAGCCAGCAGGUCGAUAUCAAGGACCUCAGCAACUCCACAACCAAGACCAUCAAGCCCCCCGCCGGUACGACGGAUAUCUACUUUGGUGGCACUGGUUGCCUGCUCUUCAUUACCCCCACCACUGUCACUCUGUUCGAUAUCCAGCAGAAGAAGCAGCUGACAGAGCUUGCUGUCAGUGGUGUGAAAUAUGUGGUUUGGUCUAAUGAUGGCCUCUACUGUGCUCUCCUCAGCAAGCACAAUGUUACCAUAGUUACCAAGACCCUCGAGCAAGUCAGCACCUUGCACGAGACCAUCCGUAUCAAGAGCGCCACUUGGGAUGAUUCCGGUGUCCUCAUCUACUCGACCCUUAACCACGUCAAGUACUCGCUACUCAAUGGUGAUAACGGCAUUAUCCGUACCCUCGACCAAACUGUUUACCUUGUCCGUGUCAAGGGCCGUAACGUCUACUGCCUCGACCGCAAUGCCCAGCCUCAGAUCCUCGCUAUCGACCCCACCGAAUACCGAUUCAAGUUGGCACUAGUCAAGCGGAACUACGAUGAGAUGCUUCAGAUCAUCAAGACCUCGAGCUUGGUUGGUCAGAGUAUCAUCUCGUACCUCCAGAAGAAGGGCUAUCCCGAGAUUGCCCUGCAGUUUGUGCAGGACCCACAGACCCGUUUCGACCUCGCUCUAGAGUGUGGUAAUCUCGAGGUUGCUAUCGAGAUGGCUCGCGAGCUGGAUCGUCCCAACUACUGGAACCGUUUGGGAGCCGAGGCCUUGGCUCAUGGUAACCACCAGACCGUGGAGAUGACCUACCAGAAGCAGCGGAACUUCGAGAAGCUUUCCUUCCUUUACCUCGCCACCGGUGAUCAGGAGAAGCUCGCCCGCAUGGCCAAGAUUGCUGAGCACCGUGGAGACUUUACCUCUCGUUUCCAGAACGCCAUCUACCUUGGUGAUGUCGAGGAUCGCAUCCAGAUGUUCAAGGAGGUUGACCAGUACCCCCUGGCUUAUCUCACCGCCAAGUCUCAUGGCUUGACCGAGGAGGCCGAGUCCAUUCUUGAGGCUUGUGGUCUCACAGAAGAUCAAAUUACUCUGCCCACGCUCGAGGAGCCUCUCAAGGUCCCUCAUCCCAUUGUUCCUACCUUCAAGUCCAACUGGCCUGCCAAGGCUGCUGGUCAUUCUUCAUUCGAGAAGGCCCUCCUCGGCGAGGUUGGCGCUGGCGACGAAGAGGCUGCCGCUGAUGGCUUUGAGGUUGAGGAAGAUGAGACGGAGGCUAUUCUCGCUAAGGAUACUCUUGAAGAGGAGGAAGAUGCCUCUGGAUGGGACAUGGGAGAUGAUAUUAAUGUGGAGGAGGAUGUUGAGUUUGUCAAUGUCGAGAGUACCGAGGCUGGCGCAGGCAGCUCCGAGGCUGACCUGUGGGCUCGCAACUCACCAUUGGCGGCUGAUCACGUCGCCGCCGGCUCGUUCGACACUGCUAUGCAGCUUCUGAACCGUCAGGUCGGUGCUGUUCAGUUUGCUCCUCUCAAGGACCGAUUCCUUGAGAUCUACAAGGGCUCUAAGACCUACCUCCCUGCCUCUACUGGCCUGCCCCCUCUGGUCAACUACGUGCGGAGAACCACCGAGGAGACUGACAGCCGCAAGGUUCUCCCCAUCAUCCCUCGUGAUCUCGAGACUGUCGCCAGUGUUGAUCUCCAGGACGGCUAUGCUGCCAUGCGCUCUAACAAGCUAGAGGAUGGCGUCAAGGUUUUCAAGCGCAUCCUGCACACACUUCUCGUCAACACCGUUUCUUCUGAAAGCGAGGUUGAGCAAGCAAAGAAGAUCAUCACCACUGCCCGUGAAUACAUUCUUGCCAUGACAAUCGAGCUGGAGCGCCGAUCUCUCUCUACCGACACUCCCGAAGGCCUCAAACGCAGCCUGGAGUUGUCCGCAUACUUCACCAUCCCCAAGCUGGAGGUUGCUCACCGACAGUUGGCCCUGAUGGCAGCCAUGAAGCUGGCCUUUGCAAACAAGAACUACGGCUCCGCCCUGGGCUUUGCUAACCGGAUGCUGGCCAACGGCGGCUCUGCCAAGCUUUUGGAUCAGGCCAAGAAGAUCAAGGCUCAGUGCGAGCGCAACCCUCAAGAUGCCAUCGAUAUCGAGUUCGAUCAAUUCGCCGAGUUCGAUAUCUGCGCCGCCUCCUUCACCCCCAUCUUCAGCGGCUCUCCUUGCGUGACCGACCCCUUCACCGGUGCCAAGUACCACGAGCAAUACAAGGGCAGUGUCUGCCGGAUAUCCGAGGUGACCGAGAUUGGCGCCCCGGCCAGUGGCCUGCGCCUGUUCGUUCCGGUCCAAUAUUAA